AGGGGUUGUGUUGUGUGUCUUUGCAGGUUGUUGUGUCUCUUCUAUGACCAUGUGUCAACCAGAGGCACGUUAAGAUCGCUUCAAGACCAUUCAACUGCAAAGUUUCAUUUGAAGCUGCAAAGAUUUGGAGAGUUUCGUUCAAUAUCGGUGCCUGAGUUGCUGCAAACACAAUUGCAAUGGAGCCAGUUUCUGACCAAUUCAUGGAAUUUCACCCAAUCCACGGCACAAAUGUGAGACUGGACUACUCAGGAACCCAGGCCACCCGCGUGGAAAGCUUUGCCAACGGAGUCUGUUUCAGUAAACACCCUCUGAAACCUGGGGAGAUUUUUCUUAUAGAGAUUGAGGAUAAGGAGCUUGGCUGGUGUGGCCACCUUCGGAUUGGCUUGACAGCCAGAGACCCUAGAGGCUUAGACGUGGUACCUGAAUACUCCAUCCCAGAUCUGACGGACGUAGGAGACAGUUGGGUUUUCGCCAUCACUCGCAACCACAACAAAAUCAUAGAGGACCCAGGAGCAGAGGGUGAGGGUGCUGGAGAGGGAGGACCAGCUGGGGGACACAGGCUUGGACGAGGGGAGGCUGAAGAUGGAGCAGGAGGCGAAGGAGAAGUUAACAACAGUAAACCAAAGACUUUCUUCACUGACUCUCACCUGUACAUUGACAAUGUUAGAAUCCCCAGAGACAAGCUGGUUGGUCGCAGCAGGCCUGGACGCUUUAGUCACAUUUUAGAUGACUUGUAUAAAACCAAUGCUCUACCUCCAACAGCCAGACGAAGCAGGAUAGGAGUUCUUUAUGUUCCUAAAGGGAGGGAUCUAGGGGACAUGCAUAUAAUCAUCAAUGGAGAGGACAUGGGAGCCUCUGCAAAGGGGAUCCCCACCAUCCAGCCUCUGUAUGCCGUGGUGGACGUCUUCGCUGCUACUAAAUGUGUGCGAAUUGUGCAGGUGGAGUAUGGGUUCUCGUCCUUGCAGACGUUGUGCAGAAAAGCGAUCCAGAAGCACAUCGUCCACAGGAUGGCUAUAGACUGGCUGGAGCUGCCUGAGGCUCUGAAGCACUAUUGCAAGUAUGAAUGAAGGACACAGAUCUGCAGUGGACAACAAUACAAUCUCCGAGUUCAAUCCCAGUUUAAAUGUGGAAAAAGAUGGUUAAUUUUAUGAAGAACAAUAUGAAUUAUUUAUGGUAUAAAGCUGGGAGACAAAUGCUCCUAAAACAUGCUUGUAUUGAUAACAAUGACACCAAUUCCUUGUAUUUAUGAUUGUUUUUAAACAUAAUUCUCACUUUUGAGAACCACAGCUUGGGAGAAGAUUCAUUUUCCAGCAAGACAAUACAAGCAAGACAAAAUAGCAGCAGAAGUUACACAUAAAUGGUUUAAAGACAACAAGGUGAGUGUUCUAGAGUGGCAGAGUGAAAGCCCAGAUCCCAAUCCAAUAGAGAAUUUGUGGCUGGACUUGAAAAGGGCUUUUUUAUGCCCAGUCCCUUUGCAACCUGAUAGAGCUUGAGCCGUCUUGCAAAGAAGAAUGGAGUAAAACUGCUGUGUCCAGAUGUGCAAGCCUGAAUGAGACCUAUCCACAUAGAUUCAGUGCUGUGAUUGCAGCUAAAGGUGCAAUCAUUUAUUCUAUAUUAAAUGUUUUUAUACAAUUGGCAUUACUUUUUAUUAUUUUUUGGAGUCUGUAACUUCUAUAUCUUUUGCAAGUUUCAGUGUUAUUUUAUUAUAACUAGAAUCACAAUGUUUAUCUAGUAUUGAACAACCAUUUAUUCUUUAUUUACAGGGGAAAAAUGUUUCUGUAAAUUGCCUUUCAGCUACAAAAUAUCAAGAUAUGAUUUCUGC